GCUGCUAAGGCCAGGAUAGCGCUAGGCCAGCGCCCUUGUGGGACAGACCCGGGGACCCCUGCCGCGGCCGGCUGAGCGGUGUCCAGGUUCUGGAGCCAGACUUGUCUACCGCAGUCGGGUCCGCAGCUCCUGUAAUGGCCAAGCAUAGUUCACCAACGAGUGUUCGUGGUUUUUGGCGCGUUUGAUCUCACAUCCUCAGAGGCCUGACCGUACCCGCCUAGGAAGCACGACGUCCCCCUGGAGUUUUCCCGCGAGCCGCCACGAGAGCAGGUUGGCAGUUUCUACCUUGGAUGCGGAACGCCGACUACAGUUGGGAAAGGGUUGGGCUUCUGCGGCCCGAUCGGCGACGCGCUUUCUCAGGCCCCGCCCCCGGUCCGAGCCGUUCGACCCUCGGAGUCCUCCACAACAAAAGUCUUCUGCCUAGAAGGGCCGGAAGUACUUCAGGGCGCUCCGCGGACCCACCCCCUCACUUCCGGCAUCGGCGGUGGGGCGUACCGGCGGCAGUCGGCUGUGCCGGGAGGGUAGGAUGGCGCCUGGCCGAUGCGGUCAUAGCACCGAAAGCAGACGGCCACCAAGCGCUCCCCCCACCCCCCGAAGUUUCUCCCCAGCGGCGGGGGAUGGGGGUAGGCGGUUCCUCUGUUCUUUCUGCGUUCGCCGCGUUCCCGCACCACAGAGACGUGGGCCUCCACCGUCCUAGCCCUCCCGCCCUGUUCCGUAGUGCGGGCUAGAGCGUCUCCUCGCCAUUUCCUGUCGCCCUGGGGCCCCGCGGGGAAAAAGGGGGAGUAGCACGACAGCGGA